AUGAGUAUAAAUAUGGAGUCUCGAGGUCAAAGUAGUUGGUACUAUAUCGGAGAAGGGGAUACACUUACCAAUACUUUGUCAAAAAAAAAAGAAUUUGUUGCAAAAGUAAUGAUUUUAGUGAACACUUUGUUAUUCUUUUUCUUCCACGCAUACUAUAGGUUGCAUUCUAAUGCAUUCCCCUUGUCGAUGGAGGAUAUGGAAUCCAAUAAUGAAUUAACCUCACGUUCUGCUAUUGAAAUGGAAAGGACCAAGUUAUUUGAGCUCAUCAACAGCCCAUCCAAUAAGCUAUUGUUUUACCAGUUGCAAUAUUCAGAAGAUGCCUUUUAUGAUAUUGAAUCGAAUAUUGUGGGAACAGCUCAUUUCUCCAAGUAUAACCAGUACCAGAGACAGCCCUACGUGGCUAAUGGCUAUUUUGGGAGCAGAAUUCCAAAUCUUGGACAGGGCUUUACUUAUGACCAAAAUGAAAACCACACUUCAGAAGACUUGAGGAACGGCUGGCCAUUGUUCAACAAGAGAUACUCCGGUGCUUUUAUAAGCGGAUUUUAUGAUAUUCAAGCAAAAGUUAAUCAAACUAAUUUUCCUGAAUUGUAUGCUAAUGGAUAUGAAAGUAUCAUUUCUGCAAUACCUCAAUGGACGACUUUAGAGAUAUCUACUAUUAAGAAUGGUACCGAAUAUACUCUUGAUCCUUCUCUUGUCUCUGAAAAGCAAGGAACGAUUACCAAUUAUGUUCAAAGACUUUCAUUGGAGGAUGGCAUUGUUACUACAGAAUAUACAUGGUUGGAUUUAUUGCAUAUAAAAGUCAGUGUAUUGGCACAUCGAUCUGAACUUAAUUUAGGAAUUGUUGAUCUAAAAAUCAGCAAUAUAGAUAGCGAUCCUAUUAACAUUAAAGUUGAAGAUAAACUUGAUUUCUCAUCUUCGCAAAGGUGCCAGUUGGUGGAUGCGAAUUUUGAUCAAGAUGGCAUCUAUAUGGUUUUCCAACCACACGAGGUUCCUUAUGUAAAUGGGGUGAUCUACUCAAGGUUACUUCGCUCUGACGUUAUUAAGAGUAAGGUUUCGGAGGCUGCAUCGCAAUAUUCAACCUUUCAACUUGACGCUUUCAAGUCUACUCGGGUUACGAAAUAUGUAGGAAUCUCAACUUCCGAUUUGAACCCAGAAGAGUUGUCCACUGCAGAUAAAGUUCUUCAGCACUCUAAAAAUGCUACAUAUUCUUCGUUGAAUACUGAUGAAUUGGAGAAUGCUCAUAAGUCUGCAUGGCAUGAAUUACUUGGGUCAUCGGUCAGUAUCAAUUUUGCUCACGACGAUCUAAUGACGCUAGCCUCAAGGGCCUCAUUAUAUCAUUUGGCGGCCAAUUCGAGAGCUUAUGCAGAUGGCGUUACCGCUGCUCUUCCUGUUGGAGGAUUGAGCUCGGACAGUUAUGGCGGCAUGGUAUUUUGGGAUACAGAUCUCUGGAUGCAUAAUGGAAUGCUUCCUUUUUUCCCGUCACAUACCAGAAGCAUUGUUAACUACCGUCUAUUUACACACGAGCAAGCAAAAAAGAACGUUCCUGAGGGUAGCGAUGGCGCAGUUUACCCUUGGACAUCUGGAAGGUUUGGCAAUUGUACAUCGACUGGCCCUUGUAUUGAUUAUGAGUAUCACAUUAACAGUGCUGUUGCCCUGGCAGCCUUGAAUUUGUUUUUGAGUGGCUCUACAGACGAGGACUUUUUGUUUGAGACAGUUUAUCCUUUGGUGAAUGAUGCUGCUACUUUUCUUUCUGAUUACGUGGUAAAAUAUAAUUCAAGUGUGAAUAAAUAUGUCACUCACAAUUUGACAGACCCGGACGAGUAUGCCAAUCACGUCGACAACGGAGCAUACACUAAUGGAGCUAUUAGUUUAUUGAUGAGGUGGGCCACAGACAUAUCAGAGCACCUCAAUAUAACAGUAGAUGAUAAAAUUAACGAUAUUGUUGGAAAUAUGUACUUGCCCACUUCAGGAAAUACUGAUAAUAUUACCUUAGAGUAUUCUGGAAUGAACUCUUCGGUAGGUAUUAAACAGGCCGAUACAAUUAUGUUGACUUAUCCUCUCGAAAAUGAGCUCAUCAGUGAUGAGCAAGCUUACAAGAAUAUGCAAUUUUAUGCGAUGAAGCAAGUAAGCUAUGGACCUGCAAUGACCUUUCCCAUUUUUUCGAUUGUUUCUUCAAAGGUAUCCGAAGUAGGUUGUUCCUCUCAUUCAUAUUUGCGAAAAGCGGUUCAGCCUUACCUUAGAGCACCAUUUGCUCAAUUUUCGGAGCAAAACAAUGAUAACUUUUUGGAGAAUGGCGGAACGCAUCCAGCGUUUCCUUUCAUGACAGCUCAUGGUGGGUUCUUACAGGCAGUUGUUAAUGGACUCACCGGUCUUAAAUUUGACUUUGAAUUGGAAAGAGGUCAAAUUGUUCGUUAUUUAGAGCUAGAUCCUGUUUCAUUAGGUACAUUUGAAAAUGAUUUGAAAAUUGAUGGAAUAAAGUAUUUCAAUCAAUCCAUUUCUUUAUCAGUCAAUAGUACCUCACUCAUAGUUGAAAACUUAGGACCAAUUAAUAGUUUCGCUCCUGACGAAAUUAAGAUAAUAAUAAAUGAGAGAAAUCCUAAAAAUGGAAAGUAUACAUUGAAACAUGGUGAGAAGCUUGUCGUACCCUUAUAUACGCCAGAAAAGAGCAUAUCAUGCUCUAUCUCAGAAUGUGAUGCUGCCACAUUUUUGAAUAUUACCGGUGGCGUGACAGGUGAACAAGCCAGUCUGAUGAACGAUGGUGAUAACUCUACGUACUGGCAGGCGCAAUUUUAUAAUUCUACCGCAAAAGUCUUGGUGGACUUGAAGAGGGAUACUAAUAUCACAGGAGGUUAUAUUAAUUGGAACGAUAAGCCGCCGCAGUCAUGGUCACUAUCCAAAUUGGAUGCUACUAGCGGUGUGAAAAGCACCUACGAUUUUUUAAGUAAGGUUAACUUUGGUAAUGAUGUGUUCAAGUAUUUCCAAGAUAGAAAAAACGACACAAUCUUGAAUCAGGACGACGUGUUUACGAGCAUAGUAAAUGAAAACGUUCAGAUAUCUGCUCCAUAUGAUGAAAAAGAUUCUUCUGAGGUUGAACUUCCCGACAAUUUAAAUGCAACUUACUUUAAUAUUGAACAGGGCUCAGUAGGAAGAUUUUUCUUGAUACAAAUGGACGGUGUACACGAUGAAGAUUCUUCCGGGGAUGGAGAAGGUGCAAAGAUCGCAGAGAUUGCUUUCUACUAG